CGACCGCAGUGUACACCAAUCUCCGUAUCGUCCAAGGGACGUUCGACUCGCACCGAAUCUCAGGUGUUCUCAGUUUUUUUUUCCUCGUUUACAUCGGAUUCCGAGGUCGAUAGUUUCGCAAAUCCCAUCCAGGUGGGAGAAAAACCGAAACGCGUAUCACAGACUCAUCACCGGAUAGAGGAGAUUAUUGUUUCGCUCCCGGUGCUCGCCCGCUUGAGGAGGGUGCCUGCCUUACGAGGGUGCUGCGGGACGGUUCGAGUCGGCGAUCACCACGCGGUCGAGGAAUCUCGAGGUGCUUUCAACCUCGGGGACUGUUCGUACUCGACGCGUUAAAUUUUGAAAUAUAAGUGCGGAGCGGAGUGUGCGAAGGAAGAGUAAUUGUUAUUUCAUUGAAGUUGAUCGUCUGUUUUUCAUUAUCGGAUUGACGAACGAACAGAUUCUGGAAUGAGGUGACGUUAUCUAGUCCACGCCGAGUACCCCCUGCUGCCCAAGACUUUUCGUACAGAGUAUCGAUAAACUGCGAAUCGGCUGUACGUUUAUAGCUCGAUAGAUCGAUUCGAGGCAAAGCAACUAUGGGAAGAUUAACGCCAGGUAUUUCCCGACAAGUUAUCGAUGGAAUUUUUCAGAGUGUGUGAUCAAAAAUAAUGUAUGAGUUGUAGUUGCCUUAAAUAACCCUUUCGCCGUAAUAUCAUAGAAUAACCGACUGUUGUCCGACGAAAUAAAAUAUAACAAACUAAAACGAAGAUCGUACCUCAAAUUUCAUCGUUUUUUAUAAAACCAUAUACGUCGACGGUGUGAUACUUUUUUUUUUUUCAUUUUUGUUUCCAUCCAUAAGUUGUUUUUUACACGUGCGACGAUACCGAUCGCCAGCUGCUCGUACGCAGGCUGAUUAUAAUAAAUCCUGAAAUAGUUUAAGUUGAUUGAUUUCAUUAAAGACAAAAGGAAGAGGAAUCGUCCCCGAAACGUCGUCAACUACGCGAAAAGUUCGGUGAAAAGGAAAAUUAUAGAAUAAUAAUAAUUAAAAAAAAUAAUAACAAUAAGUGCUAACAGUAGAUAUACAACUACGUGAACCCGGCGUGCCAAUAAAUUAGGAUUAUAAGAAAAGAAGGAAAGCAGAAAAAAAAAAAAGAAAACACGAAACAAAAUAAUAAUAUAGUAAUAACAUACGUAAUAGAAGUAUCGAGACACCCCGCGGUCCGGUUGAGAGAAAUUCAUAAGAAUGGUAGAGUCUCGUCGUGGUCGCAAUAUCGUCAGGGAGUGAGAGUGAGAGUGGCGUCCGUCCUACGGUACCUCCAAAAGGAUUCUUCGAGGGUUCAAAGGAUCCGCAGACACGCGGACAAACUCAGGCAGCGUGGAGCGCUCAGGGAGUGCGUGGCCGCGCGCCGCGGAACUUUGCUUCUAUCAGCCAGGGUGCGCUUUCCUGACCUACUACAGCCGUGACAGCGCGAUCAGUGCCCAGGACGCUCUGCAUGAAAAACGGACUUUACCAGGGAUGAACCGUGCUAUUCAAGUGAAACCGGCGGACAGUGAAAACCGCGGAGACAGAAAGCUGUUCGUGGGAAUGCUCAGCAAGCAACAGUCUGAAGACGAUGUUCGACAGUUGUUCGCUGCAUUUGGUACAAUAGAAGAGUGUACGAUUCUCCGGGGACCCGACGGUACCAGCAAAGGCUGUGCAUUUGUUAAAUAUUCGUCGCAUCAAGAAGCACAAGCGGCGAUCAACACUCUACACGGUAGCCAAACUAUGCCGGGUGCGUCAUCCAGCUUAGUGGUAAAGUACGCCGACACUGAGAAAGAGAGACAAUUGAGACGCAUGCAGCAAAUGGCUGGAAACAUGAGCCUCCUUAACCCGUUCGUCUUCAACCAUCAGUUUGGCGCCUACAGCGCGUACGCUCAGCAGCAGGCAGUACUCAUGGCGGCGGCCACCGCACAGGGUACUUAUAUUAACCCAAUGGCCGCUCUCGCUGGUCAGCUACCUCAUGCGUUAAACGGCAUGCCAAAUCCCGUUGUUCCACCGACUUCAGGUGCAGGAGCAGGACAGCCAGUUAACGGUGCGAUACCUUCGCUCCCUUCACCGACGAUGCCAAAUUUUAAUAUGGCGGCACAAACGCCGAACGGCCAACCCGCCGGAUCUGACCCAGGAGUCUACACCAACGGGAUCCCCCAAUCCUACCCGGGACAUGCCCUUCAUUUGUCCAUUCCAGCCCAGGGACUGGCCAACGGGGACGCUGCAGCGUUGCAACACGCCGCCGCAUACCCUGGAAUGCAACCUUACCCCGGAGUCGCGUACCCAGCCGUCUACGGACAGUUUCCACAAGCGAUUCCGCAGCCCAUGACCGCGGUACCUCCUACGCAGAGAGAAGGAUGCUCUAUCUCAGGACCCGAGGGCUGCAACCUGUUUAUCUACCACCUACCCCAGGAGUUUGGCGAUUCAGAGCUUAUGCAGAUGUUCGUGCCUUUCGGGAAUGUAAUUUCCUCCAAGGUCUUCAUCGAUCGCGCCACUAAUCAAAGCAAGUGUUUCGGCUUCGUCUCGUUCGACAAUCCGGCGAGCGCACAGGCGGCCAUCCAGUCGAUGAACGGUUUCCAAAUUGGAAUGAAGCGGCUAAAGGUACAACUGAAAAGGCCCAAGGAUGCCAGCCGGCCAUACUAACCCACGUCCUAGCCUAGACAAUCUGGCCGGGUCGCGCCCUACGUCAUAAGCUAUAGGAUGCUGCACGAUAGAGCGAGCCCUACGGACGCUCGACGAUCAGGUGCGAUGAGUUUAAAUCAUCGAUACGAUGUUCCCCACCGUAACAACCUAGUAUACUAGUUAGUUAAUUCUUAGAGGUUAGCAGAAAGCUUAAUUAUUACCGAUGGUGAGGA